CGGCGUGCUCUCUGCUGUGAGAGGAAAGGAAGAUGGUGGACUUCGCAACUGCAGCGUGCUUCAAACUCCUUCCCAAACUCUUUGACAAAUGCUCACUGCGCCAACCCGGUGUUACGUAUAGAAUACCUGGCGACAAGCAUAGAUAAUACACCGAUAACAAUCGUGAAGGCGAGUGGGUUUGUCACCUGUGGGCAAGAUUAUAAGUCAGCGAGUUGGGCGGUUUUUGGCCAGUCAGCUUUAGCCAACUCUUCACAAGAAUAGUGUCAGAGGAGAUUUCAUCGUUUUUAUUUUGAAUUGUCAUCGUGGAAACAACCCCAGAUGUCUCCACGCCGAUUGUAAAGCUGAGAGAAGAUUUUAAAUUGGACAGUUUGAAAGCAGACGUUAGUUAGCCUCGCCCGGCUGAAUCUGCUGCUCGCCAUGCCGCGAAGUAAAAAAGGGAAACGGGGCUCUACAAAAGCCGGAUCUCUUCGUCAGGAUGUUCUACAGCUACAGUUGACGGCUAAAGCCUCACUGAAAGGUCUCAAAAAUGGAGCGAAGGCGGAUUCGGGAGCCAGUGACGACGAGCUGACGUCGGAUGUUCUCAGCCACUACAGCAGUGCCAGUGAAAGCACCUCCGUGCUGGAAGAGGUCACAGGAGGAGAGCAGGUUGACGAGCUAACUGCCCAAGAAGAAACGGAAGAUAAACUCAAACAGUGCAUUGACAACCUCACGGACAAGAGUACAAAGACUCGACUCGCAGCCCUCGAGUCGUUGCGGCUGGCCUUCUCAUCCAAACUGUUAUACGAGUUCCUCACAGAGAGACGCUUCACAGUCAGCGACUGCUUGGAGAGGAGCCUUAAAAAAGGCAGCGCAGAGGAGCAAGCUGCCGCGGCGACCGUCUUUGCACUGCUCUGCAUCCAGUUGGGGGGAGGAGAUGAGGCAAUGGAGGGCUUCAACAUGCUGCGCCCCGUUCUCACCAGCAUCUUGAUUGACAACACGGCCGCUAUGGCAGCACGCCAGAGUUGUGCCAGAGCUUUGGGGAUGUGUUGCUAUGUCUCUUCCGCUGAAGAUGGAGAGGACUUGAUCAAGUCAUUGUCCCUCCUGGAGAACGUGUUCAUGUCUUCCUACCCCAACAAAGAGGGAGUGCUGCCCACACCCAAACCUGGAGGCCCAGGUCUCCAUAGUGCCGCCAUGCAGGCCUGGUCCUUGCUGGUCACCAUGUGUCCAGCAUCCAAACUCUUAGUCUUGCUGCACCUCCACCUCCCCAAGCUGCAAGCUUGUCUGCAAAGUAGUGACGUCAAUUAUAGGAUCACUGUUGGGGAAACCAUUGCCCUGCUGGUUGAGCUCGGACGCGAGAUAGAUGAGGACUUUGAGGUGGAGGAUGGUGAAAGUCUGUGUGAAAGUCUGAAGAGUUUAGCAACUGAUAGCCACAAGCAUCGCGCCAAGAACGACAGGAGGAAACAGCGCUCUAUCUUCAGAGAGGUUCUACACUACAUCGAGAAUGAGGACUUCACAGAUGAGAAGAUCAGUUUUGGAGUAGAGAGCAUGUACGUCGACAGCUGGAUGAGGAGAAGAAUCUAUGAUGCUUUCAAAGAGAUCCUCGGGUCUGGUGUUAGGCACCAUCUGCAGUUCAACCCACUUCUGAGAGACAUCAUUGGUCUUGGCCCUCCCAUCAUCCUUGACGCAACCGUCAAGGCCAACAAGAUUUCACGAUUGGAGAAGCAUCUUUUUAACUCGGCUGCCUUCAAGGCCAGGACGAAGCAGAGGAACAAAGUGCGGGACAAACGAGCCGACAUCAUGUGAAGAUAAAAAAAAAGACUUGACACCAAUCGACUGCCUUCAAGCCAGCCACGAAGAGGCAUAAUGAAUUAAUUUGGACUCAAAACAUUUUACCUGUGGAUACAUCCUUCAGAUUCUAGAUGGCUCACACUCAAGCUCGGGCUACUAUUAUGGGAAAAACAUAUUUUGCUUAUGAUGCAGAGGAAUAAUUUUUAAAGAUGAUAAUUUAAUGUGUUAACUGUUAGUGUCAUGUAACAAAGGUUUAACUGGAUGCAAAAUGCUUUAUGACUCAGAAGAAAAAUAGUGGUAAUAUGAUGCUUUAUUCAUGUCAAUAAAUGAAUAGAAGCAUUUACAGUUCAUUCUGAAAAUAUUCACAGUAAUGAACUCUUUCAAUAUUUUUUCAUAUUACAACCUUAUUCUAAAAUGGAAGAAUUUACUUUUCUAAGUUAUUUCUACACAUGCAACACCCCGAUAACUCAGUGGUAGUCUCCUAAACCAGAUGUAGGGGGUUUGAUCUCCGGCCGUUGUGACCAUGCCGAAGUAUCCUUGAACAAGAUACUGAACCCCCAGUUGCUCCUGGUGCUGACUCAUCAGGAGCUAAAUAAGGAAGUUGGUGUGAAGCGCUUUGAGGUCCUUAAUAGGUAGCGCUCUACAAUUGAAAAAAAAAAACACACACAUAUGUAGGACAAUGUAAGUCCUCACAUCUUUUGCACAGUACUUACUUGCUGCAAUUUGGCAACAGCCAUUUUGUGAUCUCUCCAGAAAUUAGUCAGGUUAAUAUCUAGGUGCUAUCUGGUCAAGUCCAGGACAAUUGGGGCCUUGCAUUUUGGAAGAAAAUGUAAUGUAACAAAAUGUGGUUUGAAGUUGUGUGAAUAUGUACCAGAUCCACUGUAUAUUUAAUGGAAGGAAAAUUCUGAGGCAUUUUAUCUUGAACCUAUUCUAUGUUGCGGUCUAAGGUGCUAAUGACAAUGGUAACCUGUGGUAGCUGUUUAUACAUUCUGUAUCUAAUAGGAUAACUUUGCCAAAUCCACACUCUCCAAACAUUGCGACUCCAGUGUUGAUCAUGUUAGUGUGCUUUAUGAGUUUGAAUCAUCACUGACAAACUAUAUGCCUCAUUGGCUUUUCGGAGGAAUUUUUUGAAAAGGGGAAAAACCCUUAAUUAUCCGGUUGUUGCUAUUUGUUCUUCAAAUUGUACUAAAGUAUAACAGGAAUACUUUUUACAGUUUAGGGAAGAUGACAGAUUAUUAUUAUGUUGCAGUUUUGUCUAUUUUAUUGCAGGUGGGUGUUACUUGAAUCAUUAAAGGAGUGUCUUGAGCGUU